CUACAAUCCCCCCAUUCUCUUUCUACCCUCUCCUUACCAUCUAUCUAUACCUUACAAACAUGGCUGCCCCCUCCGACACUAAGGUCUUCCGGGCCACUACCACAGCCCCUGUUAAUAUCGCUGUUAUCAAAUACUGGGGCAAAAGGGAUGCCACCCUGAACCUUCCUACGAACUCCUCCCUCUCCGUAACUCUCUCGCAGCGCUCUCUGCGCACCCUCACCACCGCCUCAUGCUCGGCCAAAUACCCCACCGCCGACGAGCUCACCCUGAACGGCAAGCCUCAGGAUAUCCAGUCGUCCAAGCGCACCCUGGCUUGCCUUUCGGCCCUACGUUCUCUUCGCCAGGAACUCGAGGCGGCUGACUCCUCUCUGCCGAAACUCUCUGCCCUCCCUCUGCGGAUCGUCUCCGAGAACAAUUUCCCUACCGCUGCUGGCCUCGCCAGUUCCGCCGCCGGUUUCGCCGCCCUUGUCCGUGCUGUCGCAGACCUUUAUCAGCUGCCUCAGUCUCCCCGCGAUCUCAGCCGUAUCGCUCGCCAAGGAUCUGGCUCUGCCUGUCGGUCCCUGAUGGGUGGAUAUGUGGCCUGGCGCGCUGGAACUCUUGCCGAUGGUAGCGAUAGCUUGGCCGAGGAGGUCGCUCCGGAAUCCCACUGGCCUGAGAUGCGUGCCUUGGUUCUGGUUGUCAGUGCAGAGAAGAAGGAUGUCCCCAGUACGGAGGGUAUGCAGACUACCGUUGCUACUUCCGGUCUCUUCGCAACCCGCGCGGAAUCGGUUGUGCCUGAGCGGAUGACGGCCAUUGAGACUGCCAUCCAAAACCGGGACUUCCCUGCCUUUGCAGAGAUCACUAUGCGGGACUCUAAUGGCUUCCAUGCCACCUGUCUGGAUUCCUGGCCUCCGAUCUUCUACAUGAACGACGUGUCUAGAGCCGCUGUGAGGCUCGUCCACGACAUCAACCGUGCUGUCAGUCGCACAGCGUGCGCUUACACUUUUGAUGCUGGCCCGAAUGCCGUUAUCUACUAUCUUGAGAAGGAUUCUGAACUCGUAGCCGGCACUGUCAAGGCUAUCCUGGGCGCCGGCUCUGAGGGCUGGGAUGGUCCUUUCUACGAGCCUCUUAAGAAUCUCACCGCCCCCGGUGUGGCCUUGGACAAGGUAGAUCCUAGGGCUGUCGAGGUGCUCAAGGAGGGUGUCAGCCGUGUCAUCUUGACCGGCGUCGGUGAGGGUCCCGUCAGUGUCAAAGACCACCACCUCGUCAGUGAGACGGGUGGCAUUCUGUCUAGUUGAAAGAAACACACAGGUGCAAAGCACGACGACCUUGGCUUUGUUUGACUGGGUGAAUGAAUGAAACAAGACAAUUCUUAAUCUAACUUCCUCUUAGCGGAAUCUGCUUCGAUGGAGAGAUACCCUAAGUCAAACUCUAUGCGAAAUAUAUGCGA